AUGGGGCUGCCCGACCUUCUUAUUUUCUCUUUCUAUCCCUUUUUUUUUUCUUUCUCUCUUUUUUUUUUAAGACCACGUUCUGUCAUUCUUCUCUCUGCUUCCUCUCCCAGACCACGUUCUGUCAUUCUUCUCUCUGCUUCCUCUCCCAGACCACGUUCUGUCAUUCUUCUCUGCUUCCUCGUUCUGUCAUUCUCUCUGCUCUCUCCCAGACCACGUUCUGUCAUUCUUCUCUCUGCUUCCUCUCCCAGACGUUCUGUCAUUCUUCUCUCUGCUUCCUCUCCCAGACCACGUUCUGUCAUUCUUCUCUCUGCUUCCUCUCCCAGACCACGUUCUGUCAUUCUUCUCUGCUUCCUCUCCCAGACCACGUUUGUCAUUCUUCUCUCUGCUUCCUCUCCCAGACCACGUUCUGUCACGUUCUUCAUUUCUCUGCUUCCUCUCCCAGACCACGUUCUGUCAUUCUUCUCUUCUUCCUCUCGUUCUGUCAUUCUUCUCUCUGCUUCCCUCUCCCAGACUCCCAGACCACGUUCUGUCAUUCUUGUCUCUCUGCUUCCUCUCCCAGACCACGUUCUGUCAUUCUUCUCUCUGUCUUCCUCUCCCAGACCACGUUCUGUCAUUCUUCGUUCUGCUCUCCUUCCUCUCCCAGACCACGUUCUGUCAUUCUUCUUCUGUCAUUCUUCUUCUCUGCUUCCUCUCCCAGACCACGUUCUCCCCAGACCACGUUCUGUCAUUCUUCAUUCUCUGCUUCCUCUCCCAGACCACGUUCUGUCAUUCUUCUCUGCUUCCUCUCCCAGACCACGUUCUGUCAUUCUCUGCUUCUCUCAUUCUUCUCUCUGCUUCCUCUCUCCCAGACCACGUUCUGUCAUUCUUCUCUCUGCUUCCUCUCCCAGACCACGUUCUGUCAUUCUUUCUCUCUCUUCCUCUCCCAGACCACUGUCAUUCUUCUCUCUGCUUCCUCUCCCAGACCACGUUCUGUCAUUCUUUCUCUGCUUCCUCUCCCAGACCACGUUCUGUCAUUCUUCUGCUUCCUCUCCCAGACCACGUUCUGUCAUUCUUCUCUCUGCUUCCUCUCCCAGACCACGUUCUGUCAUUCUUUCUCUGCUUCCUCUCCCAGACCACGUUCUGUCAUUCUUCUCUCUGCUUCCUCUCCCAGACCACGUUCUGUCAUUCUUCUCUCUGCUUCCUCUCACGUUCUGUCAUUCUUCUCUCUGCUUCCUCUCCCAGACCACGUUCUGUCAUUCUUCCUCUCCCAGACCACGUUCUGUCAUUCUUCUUCCUCUCCCAGACCACGUUCUGUCAUUCUUGUCUCUGCUUCCUCUCCCAGACCACGUUCUGUCAUUCUUCUUCUCUGCUUCCUCUCCCAGACCACUGUUCUGUCAUUCUUCUCUCUGCUUCCUCUCCCAGAACACGUUCUGUCUCUGCUUCCUCUCCCAGACCAUUCUGUCAUUCUUCUCUCUGCUUCCUCUCCCAGACCACGUUCUGUCAUCUCUUCUCUCUCCCAGACCACGUUCUGUCAUUCUUCUCCCAGACCACGUUCUCCAGACCACGUUCUGUCAUCUCCCAGACCACGUUCUGUCAUUCUUCUCUGCUUCCUCUCCCAGACCACGUUCUGUCAUUCUUCUCUCUGCUUCCUCUCCCAGACCACGUUCUGUCAUUCGUUUUCUCUGCUUCUCUCCCAGACCACGUUCUGUCCUUCUCUCCCAGACCACGUUCUGUCAUUCUCUGCUUCCUCUCCCAGACCACGUUCUGUCAUUCUUCUCUCAGCUUCCUCUCCCAGACCACGUUCUGUCAUUCUUGUCUCUGCUUCCUCUCCCAGACCACGUUCUGUCAUUCUUCUCUCUGCUUCCCUCUCCCAGACCACGUUCUGUCAUUCUUUCUUGCUUCCUCUCUCUGUCAUUCUUAUUUCGUUCUGUCAUUCUCCUCUCCCAGACCACGUUCUGUCAUUCUUCUCUCUGCUUCCUCUCCCAGACCACGUUCUGUCAUUCUUCUCUCUGCUUCCUCUCCCAGACCACGUUCUGUCAUUCUUGUCUCUGCUUCCUCUCCCAGACCACGUUCUGUCAUUCUUCUCUCUGCUUCCUCUCCCAGACCACGUUCUGUCAUUCUUGUCUCUGCUUCCUCUCCCAGACCACGUUCUGUCAUUCUUCUCUCUGCUUCCUCUCCCAGACCACGUUCUGUCAUUCUUCUCUCUGCUUCCUCUCCCAGACCACGUUCUGUCAUUCUUCUUCUCUCUGCUUCCCUCCCAGACCACGUUCUGUCAUUCUUGUCAUUCUCUGCUUCCUCUCCCAGACCACGUUCUGUCAUUCUUCUCUCUGCUUCCUCUCCCAGACCACGUUCUGUCAUUCUUCUCGUUCUCAUUCUGUCAUUCUUCUCUUCCUCUCCCAGACCACGUUCUGUCAUUCUUCUCUCUGCUUCCUCUCCCAGACCACGUUCUGUCAUUCUUCUCUCUGCUUCCUCCCUCCCAGACCACGUUCUCCCAGUCAUUCUUCAUUCUCUGCUUCCUCUCCCAGACCACGUUCUGUCAUUCUUGUCAUUCCUCUCCCAGACCACGUUCUGUCAUUCUUCUCUCUUCUUCUCGUUCUGUCAUUCUUCUUCUCUCUGCUUCUGUCAUUCUUCUCUCCCAGACCACGUUCUGUCAUUCUUGUCUCUGCUUCCUCUCCCAGACCACGUUCUGUCAUUUUCUCUGCUUCCUCUCCCAGACCACGUUCUGUCAUUCUUCUCUCUGCUUCCUCUCCCAGACCACGUUCUUCUGUCAUUCUUCUCUCUGCUUCCUCUCCCAGACCACGUUCUGUCAUUCUUCUCUCUCUGUCAUUCUUCUCUUCCUCUCCCAGACCACGUUCUGUCAUUCUUCUCUCUGCUUCCUCUCCCAGACCACGUUCUGUCAUUCUUCUCUCUGCUUCCUCUCCCAGACCACGUUCUGUCAUUCUUGUCUCUGCUUCCUCUCCCAGACCACGUUCUGUCAUUCUUCUCUCUGCUUCCUCUCCCAGACCACGUUCUGUCAUUCUUCUCUCUGCUUCCUCUCCCAGACCACGUUCUGUCAUUCUUCUCUGCUUCCUCUCCCAGACCACGUUCUGUCAUUCUUCUCUCUGCUUCCUCCCCCUCUCCCAGACCACGUUCUGUCAUUCUUCUCUCUGCUUCCUCUCCCAGACCACGUUCUGUCUCUCCCAGACCAUUCUGUCAUUCUUCUCUGCUUCCUCUCCCAGACCACGUUCUGUCAUUCUUCUCUCUGCUUCCUCUCCCAGACCACGUUCUGUCAUUCUUCUCUCUGCUUCCUCUCCCAGACCACGUUCUGUCAUUCUCUCUGCUUCUCUGCUUCCUCUCUCCCAGACCACGUUCUGUCAUUCUUCCUCUCUGCUUCCUCUCCCAGACCACGUUCUGUCAUUCUUCUUCUCUCCCAGACCACGUUCUGUCCUCUCCUGCUUCCUCUCCCAGACCACGUUCUGUCAUUCUUGUCUCUGCUUCCUCUCCCAGACGUUCUGUCAUUCUUCUCUGCUUCCUCUCCCAGACCACGUUCUGUCAUUCUUCUCUGCUUCCCUCUCCCAGACCACGUUCUGUCAUUCUUUCUCUGCUUCCUCUCCCAGACCACGUUCUGUCAUUCUUCUCUCUGCUUCCUCUCCCAGACCACGUUCUGUCAUUCUCUGCUUCCUCUCGUUCUCUUGUCUCUGCUUCCCUCCCAGACCACGUUCUGUCAUUCUUCUCUCUGCUUCCUCUCCCAGACCACGUUCUGUCAUUCUUCUCUCUGCUUCUCCCAGACCACGUUCUGUCCUCUCUCCCAGACCACGUUCUGUCAUUCUUCUCUCUGCUUCCUCUCCCAGACCACGUUCUGUCAUUCUUCUCUCUGCUUCCUCUCCCAGACCACGUUCUGUCAUUCUUUCUCUGCUUCCUCUCCCAGACCACGUUCUGUCAUUCUUCUCUUCUCUGCUUCCUCUCCCAGACCACGUUCUGUCAUUCUUCAUUCUUCUCUCUGCUUCCUCUCCCAGACCACGUUCUGUCAUUCUUCUCUCUCCCAGACCACGUUCUGUCAUUCUUCUCUCUGCUUCCUCUCCCAGACCACGUUCUGUCAUUCUUCUCUCUGCUUCUCUGUUCUUCCUUCCUCUCCCAGACCACGUUCUGUCAUUCUUCUCUCUGCUUCCUCUCCCAGACCACGUUCUGUCAUUCUUCUCUCUGCUUCCUCUCCCAGACCACGUUCUGUCAUUCUUCUCUCUGCUUCUCUCUCCCAGACCACGUUCUGUCAUUCUUCUCUCUGCUUCCUCUCCCAGACCAUUCUGUCAUUCUUCUCUCUGCUUCCUCUCCCAGACCACGUUCUGUCAUUCUUCCCUCUGGUUUCUUUCUCUCCCAGACCACGUUGUGUCAUUCUUCUCUCUCUGUCAUUCUUCUAUGCUUCCUCUCCCAGACCACGUUCUGUCAUUCUUCUCUCUGCUUCCUCUCCCAGACCACGUUCUGUCAUUCUUUCUCGUUCUGUCAUUCUUCUCUCCUUCUCUCCCAGACCACGUUCUGUCAUUCUUCUUCUCUCCCAGACCACGUUCUGUCAUUCUUCCUCCUCUCCCCAGACCACGUUCUGUCAUUCUUCUCCCAGACCACGUUCUGCUUCCUCUCCCAGACCACGUUCAUUCUGUCAUUCUUCUCUCUGCUUCCUCUCCCAGACCACGUUCUGUCAUUCUUCUCUCUUCUUUCCUCUCCCAGACCACGUUCUGUCAUUCUUUCUUCUCUCUCCCAGACCACCUUCGUUCUGUCAUUCUUCUCUCUGCUUCCUCUCCCAGACCAUUCUUUGCCGUUCUGUCAUUCUUCUCUCUGCUUCCUCUCCCAGACCACGUUCUGUCAUUCUUCUCUCUGCUUCCUCUCCCAGACCACGUUCUGUCAUUCUUCUCUGCUUCCUCUCCCAGACCACGUUCUGUCAUUCUUCUCUGCUUCCUCUCCCAGUCAUUCUUCUCUGCUUCCUCUCCCCACGUUCUGUCGUUCAUUCUUCUCUCUUCCUCUGUUCUGUCAUUCUUCUCUCUGCUUCCUCUCCCAGACCACGUUCUGUCAUUCUCUCUCUGCUUCCUCUUCCCCCAGACCACGUUCUGUCAUUCUUUCUCUCUUCCUCUCCCAGACCACGUUCUGUCAUUCUCUCUUCCUCUCCCAGACCACGUUCUGUCAUUCUUCUCUCUUUCCUCUCCCAGACCACGUUCUGUCAUUCUUCUCUGCUUCCUCUCCCAGACCACGUUCUGUCAUUCUUCUCUCUGCUUCCUCUCCCAGACCACGUUCUGUCAUUCUUGUCAUUCUUUCUCUGCUUCCUCUCCCAGACCACGUUCUGUCAUUCAUUCUUCUCGUUCUGUCAUUCUUCUCUCUCUUCUCCCAGACCACGUUCUGUCAUUCUUCUCUCUCUGCUUUCUCUCACGUUCCAGACCACGUUCUGUCAUUCUUCUCUCUGCUCUCUCCCAGACCCAUUCUGUCAUUCUUCUCUCUGCUUCCUCUCCCAGACCCGUUCUGUCAUUCUUCUCUGCUUCCUCUCCCCCACGUUCGUUCUGUCAUUCUUCUCUCUGCUUCCUCUCCCAGACCACGUUCUGUCAUUCUUCUCUCUACCGUUCAUCUUCUUCUCCCAGACCACGUUCUGUCAUUCUUCUCUCUGCUUCCUCUCCCAGACCACGUUCUGUCAUUCUUCUCUCUGCUUCCUCUCCCAGACCACGUUCUGUCAUUCUUCUCUCUGCUUCCUCUCUCUGUCUUCCUCUCCCAGACCACGUUCUGUCAUUCUUUUCUGCUUCCUCUCCCAGACCACGUUCUGUCAUUCUUCUCUCUUCUUCCUCUCCCAGACCACGUUCUGUCAUUCUUCUCUCUGCUUCCUCUCCCAGACCACGUUCUGUCAUUCCGUUCUGUCAUUCUUCAUUCUUUCUCUGCUUCCUCUCCCAGACCACGUUCUGUCAUUCUUCUCUCUGCUUCCUCUCCCAGACCACGUUCUGUCAUUCUUCUCUCUGCUUCUUCUCCCAGACCACGUUCUGUCAUUCUUCUCGCUUUCUGUUCUCAUUCUUCUCUGCUUCCUCCUCUCCCAGACCACGUUCUGUCAUUCUUCUCUCUGCUUUCUCCCAGACUACGUUCUGUCAUUCUUCUCUCUUCCUCUCCCAGACCACGUUCGUUCUGUCAUUCUUCUCUCUGCUUCCUCUCCCCAGUCACCACGUUCUGUCAUUCUUCUCUCUCUGCUUCCUCUCCCAGACCACGUUCUGUCAUUCUUCCCUCUGCUUCCUCUCCCAGACCACGUUCUGUCAUUCUUCUCUCUGCUUCCUCUCCCAGACCACGUUCUGUCAUUCUUCUCUCUGCUUCUCUCCCAGACCACGUUCUGUCAUUCUUCUCUCUGCUUCCUUCUCUCCCAGACCACGUUCUGUCAUUCUUCUCUCUGCUUCCUCUCCCAGACCACGUUCUGUCAUUCUUCACUCUGCUUCCUCUCCCAGACCACGUUCUGUCAUUCUUCUCUGCUUCCUCUCCCAGACUACGUUCUGUCAUUCUUCCCUCUCCCAGACCACGUUCUGUCAUUCUUCUCUCUUCUUCCUCUCCCAGACCACGUUCUGUCAUUCUUCUCUCUGCUUCCUCUCCCAGACCACGUUCUGUCAUUCUUCCCUCUCUGUCAUUCUUCCUCUCCCAGACCACGUUCUGUCAUUCUUCUCUCUGCUUCCUCUCCCAGACCAGAUUCUUCCUCGUUCUCCCAGACCAUUCUCUCUCUGCUUCCUCUCCCAGACCACGUUCUGUCAUUCUUCUCUCUGCUUCCUCUCCCAGACCACGUUCUGUCAUUCUUCCUCUGCUUCCUCUCCCAGACCACGUUCUGUCAUUCUUCUCUGCUUCCUCUCCCAGACCACGUUCUGUCAUUCUUCUUCUCUCUUCUUCCUUCUCUCCCAGACCACUGUCAUUCUUUCUCUCUGCUUCCUCUCCCAGACCACGUUCUGUCAUUCUUCUCUCUGCUUCCUCUCCCAGACCACGUUCUGUCAUUCUUUCUCCCAGACCACUCUGCUUCUUCCUCUCCCAGUCCUCCCAGACCACGUUCUGUCAUUCUUCUCUGCUUCCUCUCCCAGACCACGUUCUGUCAUUCUUCUCUCUGCUUCCUCUCCCAGACCACGUUCUGUCAUUCUCGUUCUGUCAUUCUCUCUCUGCCUCUCCCAGACCACGUUCUGUCAUUCAUUUUCUCUGCUUCUCUCCCAGACCACGUUCUGUCAUUCUUCUCUCUGCUUCCUCUCCCAGACCACGUUCUGUCAUUCUUUCUCUCUGCUUCCUCUCCCAGACCACGUUCUGUCAUUCUUCUCUCUGCUUCCUCUCCCAGACCACGUUCUGUCGUUCUGCUUCCUCUCCCAGAUCAUUCUUCUCUCUGCUUCCUCUCUCCCAGACCACGUUCUGUCAUUCUUCUCUCUGCUUCCUCUCCCAGACCACGUUCUGUCAUUCUUCUCUCUUCCUCUCCCAGACCACGUUCUGUCAUUCUUCUCUCUGCUUCCUCUCCCAGACCACGUUCUGUCAUUCUUCUCUCUGCUUCCUCGUUCCCAGACCACGUUCUGUCAUUUUCACUCUCUCUGCUUCCUCUCCCAGACCACGUUCUGUCAUUCUUCUCUCUUCUUCAUUCUUCUCUGCUUCCUCUCCCAGACCACGUUCUGUCAUUCUUCUCUCUGCUUCCCUCUCUCAGACCAGACAUUCUUCUCUCUUCUCUCCCAGACCACGUUCUGUCAUUCUUCUCUCUGCUUCCUCUCCCAGACCACGUUCUGUCAUUCUUCUCCCAGACCACGUUCUGUCAUUCUUCUCCUGCUUCUUCUCCCAGACCACGUUCUGUCAUUCUUCUCUGCUUCCUCUCCCAGACCACGUUCUGUCAUUCUUCUCUCUGCUUCCUCUCCCAGACCACGUUCUGUCAUUCUUCUCUCUGCUUCCUCUCCCAGACCACGUUCUGUCAUUCUUCUCUCUGCUUCCUCUCCCAGACCACGUUCUGUCAUUCUUCUCUCUGCUUCCUCUCCCAGACCACGUUCUGUCAUUCACACGCCCAAGCUCGCCAGGUAUGUCAUGCACUGCUUUCCCUUGUCUCUCUUUCCUUCUAUUCGACCCAAUAAAUAUUACUACAUGAAAGACUAUAGGAUAGCUCGUUUCUUUUAUAUCUAUCUAUCUAUCUAUCUAUAG